AUGUGGAAGCUUCUUUUAUUGCUCCACUUUGCUCAGGCUAGCUGGCCGUUUGACAAGGGGAAUCCGCCAGUCUAUGUUAAAAGUCCUUCUGGCCAGACCCCUGAAGCUUCCAUUCAACCUGUCGUUCCAUCACCCAAUGUAAACGCUACUGAUGGUCCAGAAGGUGUUCAUGGAACCAACCCUGUUUUAGACAACACAUCCGUACAACAGGGCAAUGUUGCUGCCACUGAAAAUACUGGUGAACCAGAUGGUGAAGACACUAAUGAUCUCAUGUAUUAUUUAACACAAUAUCGCAAUAGAGCUCGCCGCACAGAAGAUGGUCAUUUGUGCGCAGCUGCGUUUGUAGAACGCGACCAGGUCUACACAGAUUGUACACUAGAGGUAGCUCCAGAUGGAACGACAGGAAGAGAAUGGUGUUAUCUGGAAGCUCAACUUACUGGGAAAUUGGAAAAGGACUGGGGAUUCUGUGUUCCUCCAUUAAACUAUGAUGCAAUAAGGUCAGAUACUAUACAGAGAAUAGUUGAAAAGGUUACACAAGUGGAUGAAAUGGUUAAAUCAUUAACUACAUAUCGCAAACUCAUUACUGAAUCUGAAAAAAGGCUUUCACAAUGUUGCGGCUUAAAGCAUCAAAUGAUAGCACAGUCUCUAUCAAAAAUACAAGAGUUGUUGGAAAAAUCAAAGGAAGAUUUAGAUUCGACCCUCAAGCACAGAAAUGAGAUUGACCUUUUGCAAAAGGAAAUUAAAAAGGUGCAGUGCCAUCAUGACGAGCUAAAGAGAACAAAAAAUUCAAAUGUCUGUAUGAACGAGGAGGGGAAUCAGCUAAAAGCCGACGGAUUAAUUGGAACGUACUAUCCAAAUAAUGCAUUUGAAUUCCCUGCCCUUUCUUCACGUAUUGAUUCCCAAAUAAAUUUUACAUUUGUCAACGUUAUGCCAAUUAUCGGAUUAAAUCCUCACAAGUUCUCCAUAAAAUGGGAAGGUUAUCUCAAGGCACCUCAUUCUGGGAAUUUUGUGUUCGAAAUAGAGACUGACUGUUACGGAAGAGUAGAGUUGAAUGGAAUUGAGAUUAUAAAUUUGGGUAUACGUACCGAUGGAGAUGGAGAAACUGGGAUCAAAUAUUGGAUAGAUCCAAUAAUAUCAUUAAAGGAGCAGAAUAUUUCAGAGAGCCAGCAGUUGGUUGGUGGAAAGUUUUACAAGAUAAAGGUUGCAAUGUCACACUCUCAGCAGUACAAGUUUGAAAAGGGUGGAGAAUCACAUUUUAAGCUACUCUGGAGCAGUCACAAGAUACACCGGGAAAUUAUUCCACCUACAAACUUUUAUUCACAUUUAUCGCAGCAUCGCAUUUCAAUAAGCAAUCUCCCACUUGAACAUUUUGAAAUUUCCAAGGGUCUAAAUGGAGAAGGCGCAUAUAGAGACAAUGACGAGGUGUUUAUAUCAAACUUAUCUAAUGGUUUAAUUGGUACUCAACUUAUACGGACAGAUGAAAAGCCUACACUUGGGUCAUUUAAUCUCACUGUAAAUGACGCUGCAACCUUGUACAUAUCGCAUAAACAUGACAUUCCAUUUCCGCUGAAACCAAAGGAUGACCAACAGUGGAUACCGCAAGAUUCUAGUGAAUCAUUUCAGUUGUUUGAACAAGGCAAUACCAUAAACAUGCAAGUAAAAAGUACAAUGCUCUUGCCACAUGUAAUAUACAAGUUUCAAACCACGGAAAUAGGAUCUCCAUUUCUUCUCUUUAUGUCUUUCCACAAGAGCAACACACAUGACCUAUGCGUUGGCCGAGAGGUUCUGGUUUCUAUGCCAGGUACUAGUGAGUACCUAUCUUGCAGCGAAUCUUCUGCACAUUCCAGCGAGUAUAAUUGUUCUUCGGCUCUAUCAGGCAAAUAUCUUGACAGGAAAGGCUCUAUAUGGCGAACAAGUGGAGGAACUGGAGAAUAUAUCCAAGUAAUCUUUAGGAGGCCUAUACUGCUUACAGAGUUUAGAUUUAGGCCAAGGGACCCCUCAUUUACCUGGCCCUCUAAAAUAACCUUGGAAUUUAUUCGUUUGUUUUUUCCAUCUCAAAUGCAUUGCCUUGCAGAGGGAUCAAGUGAAACAUUUAAUAUACUUCACACCAACAACCUGGAGCAUCACAAGUACAGACUUUCUAAACCAGUCUUGACAAUUGGGGUAAAAAUCACAAUAGAAGAACUGUAUACAUAUGCUACCGAAACUGGGGGUUCAUUUGGAUUAAUUGGAAUCCCAUGUACAUUGGAAGAAGGACUAAAACUGGUGGAAAUUGAAAGGUGUGACGAAACACUACAGGAUUUGAGCCAAAUCCACAAACUAUCCUUUGGGGAUUCUUUCUUGGUCGAAUGUAAAUCACAGUGUAUCGUAGAUGCCAAGGGUGAAAUUAAACAAGGUCCAUUCGAAGAAAAUGAACCAAUAUGCACAAUGGCCAGUUAUACUGGCUAUUGUCACCCUGGGAAUGGGAAUUGUAUACUAAAGCUACAAGUUGAUAAAAAUACAGAAACAUACAAACUCGAAUAUUACCUUUUAAAAUCUCCAAACCAUCACUAUCGUAAUCGCUUAUUCAACGUCAAGAUUUUAUUUAGAUGGCAAUCUGAUCGCACUCCAACACAGGGCUAUUACAUUGAUAAUGGUUCCGUCAAGUCAAGUUUGGAUGCUCCGGGUGAAUCAGGAAACUCACUCAUUUAUGGCUGGAUGAGAGAAGCAGAGGGUAAAUACUGUAACACUGAUUGCAAUCCACUAUUGGGAGGUGGCAUAGAGUUUCCAAAUCCAAGAGAAAGUGCAGACUGUAUACAAAAGGAGGUAUGCAAGGGAAAUUACUGGUCCAUUGAUUUACCCGAAAAUGGAAUGUAUCAGAUAGAAAUUAUGCUAGGUUCAAUUUGUGAUUUCAAGAAUCGUAUAGAGUAUGAAGCAUAUCUACAGGUCAAUGGAAAGUCUCUAUUAAAUGGGCAACGCUUCAAGUCAAAUCAAUUUUAUACACUUGUCAAGGAAAUUCAAGUGAAUAACAAAAUGAUUAAACUCACCUCCACGUGCUUCAACGAUCAGUGCCCAGACAUAAAGACUGUUUUACAAAUGGUUUCCAUAAAACAACUAAAUUACUGA